AUGGUCGAACACGCUGCAGAGGUGCGGAGAAAUGACGCCAGAUCUCAAGUUGCGGCUCAUUCGACGAGAUCCGGCCACACAUUCAAAUUCGACGAGGCCGAAAUCCUCGCACGAGGCGACAACCACGUGAGCCGGGAGCAACUUUAAUUAUGGUUUACUGGCCCCUAGUCCAUUAAUAAGCGCAAUGAACUUCCCCUUCCAUUCUAGAUGCUGAGACUUCGCCUAUGCGGAGUAAUUAGCCACGCAGGGAGAGCACGUGUGAGCAUUUUUCCCAACACCAGUGUCGAUGCGUCAGAUGGUCUAGCAAUCAUCACACCAACUUCCAACGCACGUGAUGAAAUUGCAGCAAUUAACAAUGCAAAUGUCGGCCAUCACACCACGUUCGAGGAUCCCUGAUGAAGGGGGGAGCCGUGAAUGCUCAUAUGUAUGCGGUUGCAUGGCGACUGCAUCCUCUAAAUACUGCAGCCCCUUGUGCAUGAAUCACCCGUAUCUGCUGUUGUCUCUGAUGAUGGAUUCGUGCAGGAAUCCGAGACGUCAGGCUAAGAAAGCUCUUGUCCCAGCGAUCGUGUUUCCUUCUUCAAUGCUUGUAGAAAUGUCAGCAGUUAGCAGUCGAAUCAAGCAACUGGGUCACAGACCUAAUGCUAUUGAUAAGGCAAGUGUGUUUUCAGUUUUCUAGCGCGCGUGCGAACUGAUCCGAAACUCCUGCGCUGGCCGUCGGGGUUCGGAUGGCUGCCUACUGACAAUACGAAUCAGAACUCACAGUCGGUCCAGUGUCUGGAGAAGCUGACUGGUGAAGUGAGAGUCAGACCAGGUGGUUCCUUGUUGACAGGGCUUCCAUUGAAGCUUUACGCAUGCGGCAAAUGAGUCACACAUUCUCAUUUAGUGAAAACCUGGUCCAUGGUGAUUGGACGUGUGUAGCACGUGCAGACGGCCGCUCAGGUGUUUCAACCAAUACGCCUGACCCCAAAUCCGGCCUUCUUAACACUGGUCUGAUCAUGAGAUAAAUGUGGAUCAGGGGUUGUAGCGGUAGGACUAGGUGCGGGUCCGAUUGUGCCAGCCACCUGCGUCCUCCCUCACAUCCAGUCUUCUUGAAUUUGUCUAGACACCGGGUCCAGGUGGGGAGUCUGGAGGGGAGAGUGCGAUAGAUGCUGUGCAAGUCUACUUACACUAUAAACUAAGUCAUGCACAAGUCAACGUGCCUGCCUGUCAUUAGAAAACGGCAAGGCCUGUUGAUAGUGAAUAUAGGGGUGGCUUGAUUUGAGUUCGCUUUGGUAAGAGUAACAACUUUAGGUGUGUUCUCGCGUAGCUGUAAACCUUAACACCGGUCACAGGUGGAUGGGGGAGGAGAGAGGACAGCGGUUGCAGUGGAAAUUUACCAAGCCACUGUAAACUGGUCCACGUCCAAGCCACCGUUCCACUGCUCCCACCAUGAGGCCUGGUGGACAGCGUUAGAAACGACAGUGGAACUGUCGUCAUAACUCCUUCCAAGUUACCAUUUCUAUCUACAGUAAGUGGGCUAACUCAUGAAAUGUCGACAGAAAUUUCGGAAUGCGUUUUCGUUUCGAAAAGACUAAUUAAGUAGGGUUGUAAAGCCAAUCAUCGUGCAGCAUAAUCCUAUAAUUACUCAGUUACCCCAGGAUGCCGGCUUUCGAAAAAAACUUCUUUUCGUCUGCAUCCAAAAAACAUACCCCAUAAAAAAAUUACUACUUAUUUAGCAUGCAUUUUUCAUUGAUUUUCGAUGCCAUUAAGGGUUCGCUUAUAUCUCAUGGAAAAGAUACAUAAAAAUAUUCAUUUUUCCAAUCAUUCGGUAAACAAUCACGUCUUCUUCCAAUAUGAUGCACGAAGGAAGAGUAUAAUUCGAUUUUAAAAACUUUUCUAAUUUCCGAAUAAUUCUGAACCCGACCUGCUGUCGUACUUUCAUUCAGGGUUUCAAACCUACAAGCCGUAUAUUUUCCGUGUACGGAAAAACAUUCAUUUCUCUACUUUAUUAAAAGGAGACCAUAUGGGGUUCAUAAAAUUAAACAGUGGAUUUGAGCCAUAUUUUAACUUUAUAAGCCACAUUGGUAAAUGCAGAGACAUGACGUUUUACGAACGGCCAUUUCACAAUAUUAAAAAAGCUCACAAGUAGAAACUUUUAAAAUCCGAAUCAUACACUUUCUUCUAGUAUAAAAUGGGAAGAUGUCACUUUCUACCGAAAGAGUCAAAGAAUGAAUAUAUUUAUGCAUGUUUUCCAUGGGAUAUAAUUGAAUCAUAAAGGGCAUCGAAAAUCAAUGAAAAAAUGCAUGCUACAUAUGUAGUCAUUUUUUACACAGUAUAGCUAGUGUAUGUAGCCGCAAGGAACUUUGUUCGAAAGCCGGCAUCCUGGGGUAACUGAAUUAUUAUAGAAUUAUGCUCCAUGAUGGUUGGCUUGACAAUCCUCCUUAAUUAAUCUUUUCGAAACGAAACGCAUUUCGAAAUUUCUGUUGACAUUUCAUGAGUUAGCCCACCUACUGUAAAUUGCACGUUAAACGAAAUGCAGAAAUUAUAUUAAAGCCCCAGUUCCCCCCUAUCUGUCCGAUGAGCAAUCAUUGUUCUCCAUUGUAUUUUGCUGCCAAAUUGUUUCUACGCGGUUUGUGCAGCAUAUUCUACCUACUUUUCUUACCGAUCACCCAUCGGCCGGCCAGUUCCUAUAGGCCGAUGGGUGAUCGCAGCCAAAAUGACUGACCUCGGCAGCCGCGACCAGAUUUUCAUCGUUAGCGAUAAGUGUAGCAAACGAUUCCCCGUUGACUCAUAGUGUAGCAGCUUAACUUGAAAUAAAGAAAUUCUACUGAAGCCCCCGUCCGCACUAAGUGUCCGACGGUUCAUCAAUGUUCUCCAACAGGUUUCGCUUGCAUAUUUUUUUCAUGGAUUUUGCAGCAUAUUCCAUCCAGUCUCUUUACCGAGUUAUACACGAGGAGUCAACGGGGAAUCGUUAACUACACUUAUCGCUGAUGAGGAAAACGUGAUCUGGGUGGCAGAGGCCGGAGGUUCGCCAGCAGCUCACAUCGACUGACCAGUUCCUGUAGGCAGAUGGGAAGGAGGAGAAGAAGAAGAAGAAGGAGGAGGAGGAGGAGGAGGAGGAGGAGGAGGAGGAGAAGGAAGAGGAAUAA